UUUCGCCAAGUGCCUCUACAGUGUCUAGGUGGUCAUGUCCGGACGCGGGAAGCAGGGCGGCAAGGCUCGCGCCAAGGCCAAGACGCGCUCGUCGCGGGCCGGGCUGCAGUUCCCGGUGGGCCGCGUGCACCGCCUGCUCCGCAAGGGCAACUACGCCGAGCGGGUGGGGGCCGGCGCGCCGGUGUACCUGGCGGCCGUGCUGGAGUACCUGACGGCCGAGAUCCUGGAGCUGGCGGGCAACGCGGCCCGCGACAACAAGAAGACGCGCAUCAUCCCGCGCCACCUGCAGCUGGCCAUCCGCAACGACGAGGAGCUCAACAAGCUGCUGGGCCGCGUGACCAUCGCGCAGGGCGGCGUCCUGCCCAACAUCCAGGCCGUGCUGCUGCCCAAGAAGACCGAGAGCCACCAUAAGGCCAAGGGGAAAUAGAAUCCUGGAUUAACUUGCUACAACGCCCCUCCCGCAUAAACCAAAGGCUCUUUUAAGAGCCACCUAAAAUUUCCUGUGAAGAACUGUACACGAAGGACCUUUUGUUUCUGAUAAUUCUGAAACGUCAUCAAUCUCGCAACUUAAUGCGUUAAGUAAAAGCAAUUGAGUAAAAAGUUCGACUUCCUAGUCCUAACAUUUUCAAAUCCGUCCUCUUAACUUUUCAUGUCAUGCAAAGAACCUACCGUAUGGACUUGUCACUUUCGAGUGAGAAUUUUUGGAUGUACAUGCAGAUUACCGGGUAGACCCACCAUAGGUUACUGGUGGUGGGGAAGUAGAUAAUCCUUAAGACAGGAAUAUGAGUAAUUCUGCUAAAUUACACACCAUGUUUCAUGUCCUUUGCAAAGCCAGUCUCUCCUCCCCCGUUAGUAAAACAAGACAGGUAUCGUAGUUUUGAAUUUCCAAGUUAGCAGAAAUAAAGUAUGCUGCAA